ACAGGAAGAAGGAGAAAUUUGUGAAUAGGUUUUCGGCCUUUCUAGAUCGGCGUUUUGAUUUAACUUAAAAGGCAGAUUAAAACCUGGAUAACCUUCACAGACUGCAAUAAACUGAAACAUAAAAAGUUGCGACUGGAGUAUUAGCGUAGUUUUUGUUACACUCGAUAUUAGUGCUUCAUAUGGAUUUUCAACGCACGAAAAGGAAACAUUCAAUAACACUGACAGUGCCUUAUUUUAAUCCUAUUUUAUAGCCUUUCACGGCAAUCGCCCAUCUUACUCUGCCACUACACAGAAUAUAAACUGACACAUGCUUCAGAGAGCCUCACGUUGAUAAGGAAGGAAAGAUAAAGUGCUCAUGGUGGCAUAUUUUGUUCGAGAUAGAAUACCCGGCUGUUUAUUUAAUCAUUACAGUCGCUAUCUGAGAUCUGACCAGCGGCACGCGUCAAGCGCGGCUCUCGCGUCACCGCUCAAUAUCGAGGACUGGACAUCUCAAUCACCAACAUGACGGAUGGACCGAGACAAAGAGGCAGCGCAGUCCCGAGCACCAGCGAGGAUGCAGCCGCAGACACAGGGAAAGCCGCUGGACAGUCAUCAGUCGCGUUGAAGAAGGAGAUUGGUCUCGUCAGUGCUUGUGGCAUUAUUGUCGGUAAUAUUAUUGGCUCUGGAAUCUUCGUCAGCCCAAAGGGAGUGUUGGAAAAUGCCAGUUCAGUGGGCCUGGCCCUCAUUGUAUGGAUAAUCACAGGCAUUAUAACAGCAAUCGGAGCACUCUGCUAUGCUGAGCUGGGUGUUACUAUUCCCAAAUCUGGAGGCGACUACUCUUAUGUCAAGGACAUCUUUGGAGGGCUGGCAGGGUUUUUGCGGUUGUGGAUUGCUGUGUUGGUGAUCUACCCCACUAACCAGGCGGUUAUUGCUCUCACCUUCUCCAACUACGUCCUGCAGCCUCUGUUCCCCACCUGCUUCCCCCCAGAGAAUGGUCUGCGUCUGCUCGCUGCCAUCUGCUUGUUGCUGCUGACUUGGGUGAAUUGCGCUAGUGUGCGCUGGGCAACACGAGUACAGGAUGUCUUCACUGCAGGGAAACUUCUGGCCCUCAUUCUUAUCAUCAUCAUGGGCAUCGUACAAAUCUGCAAGGGCGAGUAUUACUGGUUGGAGCCGGCCAAUGCUUUCGAGCCUUUUCAAGACUAUGAUGUCGGUCUGAUCGCUUUAGCAUUUCUACAGGGAUCCUUCGCCUACGGUGGCUGGAAUUUCCUAAAUUAUGUCACAGAGGAACUUGUCGACCCAUAUGUGAACCUUCCCCGUGCUAUCUUCAUCUCCAUUCCCCUCGUGACCUUUGUGUACGUUUUUGCUAACAUUGCUUACGUCACUGCCAUGAGCCCUCAGGAGCUGCUGGCUUCUAAUGCUGUAGCUGUGACGUUUGGUGAGAAGCUGUUGGGAGUGAUGUCAUGGAUCAUGCCCAUUUCUGUGGCCUUGUCCACAUUUGGGGGGGUCAACGGCUCCCUCUUCACCUCCUCUCGGUUGUUCUUCGCGGGUGCACGUGAAGGUCAUCUACCUAGCUUACUGGCUAUGAUUCAUGUGAAGCGCUGCACCCCAAUUCCAGCCCUACUCUUCACUUGCAUCUCAACACUUCUGAUGCUAUGCACCAGUGACAUGUACACACUCAUCAACUAUGUGGGUUUCAUCAACUACCUCUUCUACGGUGUCACUGUUGCGGGGCAGAUUGUACUGCGGGUUAAACAACCUGACAUGCACCGGCCAAUUAAAAUCAGUCUGGUGUGGCCUGUCAUCUACCUGCUGUUCUGGGCCUUCCUGCUGAUCUUCUCUCUGUACUCGGAGCCUGUGGUGUGUGGCAUUGGCUUGGCCAUCAUGCUUACUGGAGUCCCUGUCUAUUUCUUGGCUGUGUACUGGGACAACAAACCCCAGUGCAUCAAUACAUUUGUUGGCAAGAUGACAUACCUGGGUCAGAAGUUUUGUGUAGUGGUCUACCCUAUGGAGGAUGAGAAGAAAAACGAGGAGUCUGGAGAAGAGAUCGAACUGAAGGAGCAGUCGGUUCCACUGUCAGCAGAGGAUGAGCAGACACCAAAAUCAGCUGACUGCUGAACAGACAUGUGGAGACGCACUCAUUCACUCACAUACAGGCAGCCAGAAAUCAAACUCAGAUUUUUCACAUACCUCUAUAUUUAGGCUUUUCAUAAAGAGGGGGAUGCACAGAGUAAUGAACAGAGACUAGCUGCUCCACAGGUCAUGUGGUUCUGCUUUAGUGGUCUUUAACAACGUUAUCCGUUAUCUCUAGUUGCCUCCAUUCUCUAGUUAUCUCUAGUUAUCUCCAUUGGCUGUGCAACAGAAUUACAACAUUAAAAUGUGGGAUGACAUAAAGAUCUAGAAUGUAUUACUUAUAAACACUGGUUUGGAACGGUCUGCAAUUUUUACAAUUACCUUUCUGAAACAUUAUUUUCUAUGAGAAACAGAGAAUUAGAAUUCCGUUUAGUUUAUGCUAAAAAUGCCAAAAGACAUCAUGGCUUCACCAGAGAUGGCAGGGUUUAUUUUAUUUAUUUAUUUAUUAUUGAGUACAUUCUAAUGUUCUAAUUCUCACCCCCUCUUUUUUACAUUUUUUUUUAUUUCUGUCCCAACACUCCCAAGAGUAAAGUUUUUUUUUUUUUUUUUUUUUUUUUUACAAGCCAAAGCUGUAUUUUAUUUUUUUACAUUUUCUCAUUUCAAGUGUAUUUCAUCACACCAAAACACUCAGAAGCUUUUCUGUUUAUAUAUUUUGAUUCCUAUUCUAAUCAUAUUGCUUUGUAAUUAUGAAAUUGUUUUUGUUCUUUUAUAUUUUAUUUUCUCUUUUCUCUUUCCAGAAGGAAAGCUCUGGGACCUUCUUUUUAAUCAUCAUAUUUUUUAAGGCAUAUAAAAGAACCUGUUGUGGUGGUUCAGAGUAGUUUUCUACCAGGUUACUCUGGUACUGAUACAAUUUAAGCUCUUUAAGUUAUGAUCGCUGUUAAAGAGUAUUCUCUUUCUGAUAUUUUUGAGGAUAAAACGUGUUCAAGGAAAACUUAAAGAUUCCAUUGUGAAAUUAAGUGUUGCAAUGGCAUCUUCAUUCUGUGUGGACUUUAAACAGAAUAUGUAUACGGAUGCACAUUCAUAACCUGGAAGUUCGCUUUCACGCAGUUUAAUUAUUUCACAAGUAUAUAGACAAAAAUAUAUUCAAAAUUACAGAGCGUUUGGUUAUAUAUGGAAAAAAGAAAAACAAUAGUGGCGCAAAGCCUGUGUCUGUGAUGUGGCUGAGAGCCUGUGAGAAUGUCAGAAUUUUGGUCCUGUCAUUUUUUUAUGUGAAUAUUCAAAAACUUGAAAUCAGUUAUGUCAGAAGAGCUCGUUAAAUUAGUCUUAAGCACAAUAUUUUAUAAUUGUGUAGAUGGACUGCAGAUGUUAAUAUAGGUGCAAUACAAGGGACUAGAAUCAAUCAAUCAAGCUAACAAACAUAGUCCGGAUGAUUACAUUAAGAGACUAAAUAACUGAAUUAUACACCAAAAUGGAGAGCCUUAAAGAGUAUUAAUUAAAAAAAAAAAUAGACUUAAAAAUAUAUUUGUGUAAGUAAAUAAUAUAUGCUCAGUUCGAGAAUACAUGAUUAAAGUGUUCAGUAUGUAUGUCACUUGUCCAUUCAAGCGUGUAAGGCUUUUUAGUGGUCACAGGGUCUUUUCAUUGUGCCUCUGUGUUGAUGUCACACCCACUUGUGAAGACUAUGGAAAAGUGCCGAUUGUUCAUUGUUUUUAUUAUUAUUAUUGCAGAUCUGUAGUGUGUAAGUACUGUAUAAAAAGCAAUAUACAGUAUAUCGUUGUAAUUCAUUGCACAUCCAUUUUGCAUGAGCUUAAUCCCCCACAUUCCUUAGAGACUAUGAUAUCAAAUCUAUAAUCUUCUCACUUACACAAUAAUCACUGCCUUUUGGUUCCUCUGUCCUAGUCAGGCAGCGACGAGGCCCGUUAUCAUCCAUUAUUCAACUGACUGUGUAAACUUUGUAUGUAUCGUCAAAGGUGCAGAGCAUCUUUGGUUGUUGUACUGCUACUCCUGAGCUGUGCCUCAGUAUCCAGAACUGCCUAAUGUGUGCUAAACACAAACACUAUGUGUAUUUAUAUGGAAGCUGUGACUCUGAUUGUGCUGCAGUAUUAGGCUUUCCUAUCCACACACACACACUUAUCAUACAGGUGAUACCAAAAUCUCAAUUCUGUCACAUAUUUGAUUGUCACAUUAGUAAGAAAUGAUUGAUGUUAAUAUUUUGAAUGACCUCACAAUUAUAUAAAAAUCAAUAAGAGAAUGAUUUUUAUAGAUUAUAUUAAGAAAUGUACAGUCUAAAAAACAUAAAGCUCAAAUUACCACUUACACAUAACUGGGGGUGAACGGUUUGUACCAGAGUCUUCUUGUUUACUAUAUGUUUUGUAUUUGUUUGAACAGUAUAUAUUAAACGACAAAUAAAUCUAUAUGCUGAACCAG